AUGACACAUACUGAAAAUGGAAAGAUGUUUCACCUAACAAUCAUCUAUGCUAAGUGCAAACCUCUACUCAGAAGACCCCUCUGGGAAGUUUUGAAUCAAAAAUCAUCCAGCUGCAAUGUUCCAUGGUGUGUCAUAGGUGACUUCAAUGUCAUUGCUUCAGUAGAAGAAAAGAUUGGUGGCAUUCCAUAUCAAAUGUCCAAAAGUAUUGAAUUUCUGAGCAUGACCAAAGACUGUGGACUUGUGGACCUUGGCUAUUAUGGUCCCAAAUACACAUGGUCUAAUGGAAGGGGGCAGUGUUCUAUUAUGUGGAAAAGACUUGACAGAGGCCUUGCCAAUGAUCAAUGGUUAGAAACCUUUCCUGCUGUUACUGUCUCUCAUUUGGCUUCAGCAGGAUCAAACCACAAUCCCAUGUUAUUGGAACUACAUAUUAAGCAGGACAAUGGCAAGAAAUAUUUCAAAUUCCUUAACUGCUGGGUGGAUAAUCCAGGCUUCCUUCCACUAGUCUCAAAAGUGUGUAACAGGAAAGUUGAAGGGAAUGUUAUGUGGAAAUUUCAUCAGAAGUUGAAAACUCUCAGUCAUCCUCUUAGCCAUUGGUCUAGACAAGAAUAA